AUGAUGGAUAAGACGUAUUUUCGCGUGGACUUCCAAACAUCGGACCCUACAGUGGCAUUUGAAGACGCACUUAUCGGAUCCGGCGGUGCAGCCGCUUCACAACUUCCACGGAGAGCUCGACAGUGUUUUGCGUGUAUACAUCGAGCCAAGCUGUUGCCGGAUAUUCCAGAACCGGUGUCGGCCCCACCGGUGUUGGUCCCGACACCGGUGCACGUGGCCUACACACCGGUUACCGCUCCUAUACAAACCGAGCCCCACCGGACAGCUAUGACGGCAAAACCGGAGAAUGUUCACGAGGCUCUAGAGGAUAGGGAUCCUAACAGCUUGAACCAACAUGUACAGAUAGUGUGGGAUGAUAUCAUCGGUGAACCGGAAGGGGCCCGAAGUCCUGAGUGUGCUUGGCGUCUCUCAUACUUGUGCUUUCGCCAUGCAAGGAACUGGUGCUACACCAUUUUGACAGUUAUACUAGCGCCUCCCUGCGCUUUGCUACUCGGAUGUGGAUUCGCCUGCCUCGCUUUUGAGCAAAUCUGGUGCACCGCUCCAUGCUUACGCUGCGUGAAGAUCUACUUCGCCUCACUCCGCACCAUGGUCCAGUCAUGCAUGGCGGCUACCGUUGUACCUGCAGCUGACGCUGUAGGGCACAUUUGUAGGCAUAUCAGGCUAUUCAUACUGGAAGAGAUAGUUGACCGUCCACCAGAAUACCAGAUAUUUGCAAGUCUGUUCCGACAAGUGGAACCAAUAUGCAUUCUGCUUGAAGGCAAGAACCAAGGCGGUUUUGUGCAGACCGUCAAGAAAACGGUGUUUGACAACGAUGCAAAUGAUGAGGGUCGGUGUAAACUGGUGUUUUUAUCUCCAAAGGAAUAUAGUUUCGAAGCAUGUAAGCGUCGCAUCGCCUCCCUCUCCCUACCAACGGAACCCCUCAACUGCUCAGACGAAGAGCGAUCGUUAUACCUCCGAACAGUUAUAGACUUCAGCCAAACACAAAGCGUUCACGCUAUGGGUGCUUUGCUAAGGUACUUGGAUCUCAACUGGGCGAAGUUGAGUAUGGAGUUGCAUGGGAAGCCAAAUUUUCUCAGUCUCAGAAUUAUUUCACUUGCGGACAUAGUAACUGUUGACGAAGACACAUACAGGGGUCUCCAAGUGUUCAGUGCGAUAGUGCAUCCCAGCGCUUUCAAGCGAGGUACUCGCGGUUCCAGCAGGGAGGGACUUAGCCUGUUCCAGGUGUUCAGUAAAUGUCGCUCUAAGAUCGGACAGGCGAAGAUGAGGGUGCUCUUACAACAUCCUACCUGCGACCUGGAAAUGCUGAAACACCGUCAGGACGUGAUCGCAUUCUUCAUGCGACCGCAGAAUGAAUCCCUGAUGAGGAACAUCUGCUCUUCACUGCGAUAUAUAAAAAACGUUCAUGGCAUACUAACAAAAAUCAAAGCCUUAUCAGCCAAAUCUUACCAAUGGAAAUCGUUGUACAACACUUUAUACAACGCCGUGCUUAUUUGUGAGAUGUGUGAAGAGGCUGGGAAUCACAGCGAGUUCUUACAAAAGCUCGCAAGUUUUGACAAUAAUAAACUAUACGAGAUGGCGCUAUACAUGAACAGAAUAAUAGACUUCGAUUUAUCUAAAACUGAAGGCAAGUUUACCGUUAAGGCUGGAGUGGACCCUGAAUUGGACCGCAAAAAACAAACAAUGGCCAGCCUCCAAGGUCUAAUGUCAGAAACCGCUAAAGUGGAACUGGAUCGCCUGCCCACCUACAUCCAGGAAUGCAGCAUGCUGUACAUGCCGCACCUUGGAUAUUUGUUAGGAGUUAAGGUGUGGGCGGAGAACUUGUCUGCCGAGGACAAGAAUCUCAAUGAUAUGAAGUUUAUGUUCCAAAAUAAUGACUACAUACACUACAAAAGCAAAGGAUGUGAAGAGCUGGACGUUCUGAUAGGAGAUACGUACCCAGAGAUAGUGGCCCACGAGACACGUAUCAUGAUGCGGCUCACCGCCCAUAUGAUGCAGCAUCUGCACACACUGGCCACGGUAGUCAACAUGUGCUCUGAACUUGACUGUCUAAUAGCAAUAUCGAAAGUUUCCAAAGAGUACAACUACGUCCGUCCCACUCUAACACCAGAGAAGGUAAUCAGUAUCAAACAAGGCAAGCAUCCGCUGUACAUGCUGACUUGUGAUAACUUCGUGCCCAAUGACUUGGAGAGCAGCCAGGAGGCUGGAUUUGUAAAGAUAUUGACUGGACCCAACUCCAGUGGCAAGUCGGUGUACAUGAAGCAAAUAGGUCUAAUAGUAUACCUGGCUCACAUCGGCAGCUUCGUUCCAGCAGAGUCUGCAACAAUAGGCAUAGUGCGUCACAUCCACACUCGCAUCCAGAGCACCGAGUGUGUCGCAGCGCACAUGUCCGCUUUCCUCAUAGACUUAAGACAGAUGGCAUUAGCCCUCCAAGAGUCCACAUCCCACUCCCUACUGAUAGUGGACGAGUUCGGCAAAGGAACUUCAGCAACGGACGGCCUCGCGCUGUUGGCCGCUUGUCUGAAUACCCUACUUUUCAGACAGCACUGCCCACAUGUUUUACUGGCUACUCAUUACUUGAACAUCAAGGAAUAUAUCGUCAACUCACCUGUUGUUAGAUUCCUGCGAUUCGAAUAUAUUAUCGAAGAUGACGAGCCUGUGUUCCUAUUCCGUGUGUGCGAGGGAGGGGCCAGCUCCAGCUUCGCGUUACAAGUUGCGGCUGCGAGUGGACUACCGCCGCGGACCAUAUCCCGAGCUAAGGAAAUCAUGGCUGCUUUAACGAACAAUACCCUGCCGGUAGCAAACAAGCGUAUCACAACAAAACUGAACACAUGUCUCGAAACAAUGAAACAAAAACUACUCACAGACGAUAUUUAA